AGUCCAAAAAACAGGCUCCACACCGCGCAUAGUUUGAAACACACGUGGGUGCAUGAUGCGCCGAUCCACACCAGAUAAGACUUGCUGCAAACUCAGCACGCGAGUAUGGCUCACCCACGAUGCGGCAGCCACCCGUCCAGCUGACACUCGCCGAAUCGGUCAUCUUUGUGCCCUCGAGAGAGCGGAUAGAAGAUGACGGGGCCAGCUCCAACCAGCUGCGAGGCUUUGUGACUCUCGAGUGCCACGCGUCCAGGGGCGUGCGUCUCACCUUUCGCGGCCUCUCUGUGUGGGUCGAUUGGGACGCCACUCCGUCCCCCCAAAAUCGUCAAACGGAGAUCAUCAGUCACACAGUCGAGCUUGAUGCGGACGACAGCGUCGGUACUUUUGAAGGCGCAAGAGUGCCAUUUUCCAUUCCACUGCCUUUGGAUCUCCCCCCUUCGGUGGACGCCGACUUUGGAUCCAAUACCUACGUCCUCACGGCGACCGUCGAAAGCCCUCCUGGCGGCAAAAGCAAGUCGGCAGAGGUGCCAGUCAGGAUCGUGCAUGAGGAGGUAGGCGGGGCGACGACGGAGAACGCCGAGGCUGCAGUCUCGGAGGGUGUCUGCGGUGACCGAAUCAGCUAUGCGUGGAAUGCCGACCCCAGUCCGAGCGUUGGCACACGCUUUGCAGUCGACCUGGCGAUCCUGUCGACCAACACGAGUGCUGUCUCGCUUCUUUCGGUGCAGAUCUUGUUGCAGGAACUAACGUCCUACGGCCCGCAGAGCCGGCUGCAGACGCCCGUGAUGAGACAGUGGGCGCUGCUGAAGCUAGGGGACGCCCAGAACGUACUCGAGGAGAGUGCGAUCGAGAGUGCUUCUCAGCUGGCUUUGCAACGACGGCGCGCAACGAAAGAGACCAGCGAGAAGAGGAAAGGGAACGUGGAAGAAAAGGACGACGCUCUCCAGAGGCUGGCAUGGGACCUUCAGAUACCAUCUUGCUCAAAUACGCCCAUCAACAACUCCAUACGGCAUGGCAAGAGUGCCGUCGACGUCUCGCACCGCCUCGUGCUUCGAGUCGUGCUCCGUGACGACGCCGUCGAGUCAGCACUCGAGGUGAAGCGCCCGAUCUGGCUUCGAUCGAUGUUUUUGGCUCAGAUGGGCUCGUUUCUACCUUGCUACUGUUGCUCCAUGCACCAAGACCACCCCUACAAUGUCGAGUCCCAGUGGAGACGCAUUGCUUCUCAAGCACCGCCGAGCAGUCACAACCGCCUGCCAGACUGGCUCACUCGACUCUGGAGCAAGGACCGUCCUGAAAAGCAGGACGAGGCACACGGAGGCAUGCUCUGGUUCGCGCUCAGCAGCAACGGCUCCGUAGACUCCGAGCUGCAGGCAUCACACGGGCAAUGCAGAGGGCAUGAAGCUGGCUCAAUAGCCCGGUGAUGUCGAUCCACCCAAAGACGCGUGGAUCGGGGCCUCGAAGAUUUGCCACGUGGUCGCUUCACAGUGUGGGACCAGGCACCGGAAGUUGCUCAUUCCGGAUGGUGAUCAUCUUGG